AUGAUGUUAAGUAAUUAUACAUUUCUCACUGAUCAUUCAUAUUCUUUACAGCCUGUUUCCGAUGAUAAUGAUGAUUUACCAUUAAAUCAACGUGAAAGAAAAAAUAAAAAACAUCGUAGAUCUUCGAAUCGUACGAAUGAAACAAUAUCAACUACAAAUCGUACGGUAUCAAUUGAUCGUAGUUCAAGUGAUAAAGAAAAUAAUUCAUUAAUUUUAUCAAAUUCAAAUGAUAUAUCAAUAUCAGUACCAAGUAUUUCAAUAAAUACAAAUAAAUCAUCUUCAAAUACACGAUCAAAUAAGAAAACAUCGAAUAGAUCUCGUCGUACACGUUUAGCUACACGAACACUAAUGACUAAUUCACGUUCACAAUCAGGAAAAAAACAAGAUAAUAAAACUUCAUCUAAAACUGUCAUCAAAUCGAGUCAAGGUAAUACUGAUAAAAAGAAAAAACAAACUAAUCAAGGCAAAACAAAAUCAUUAAAUAUAUCUCCAAUGGAUUCUAUUGAUGUAUUACCAUCAUUAUCUAUUGAAGAACGUGUAAAAUUACGUCGAACAAAACCAUUAGAACCAUCGACAACAAUUAUUGAAAAAAUAAAACCUACAAAAACAAAUAAAUCUCAUAUUGAACAAAAUCAUCAGUCAAUAAUAAAAACUUCAUUAAAAAAAUCUAAAAAAAUUAAAUCAGUAAAAACUUCUUCCUCUUUGUCUUCUUCUUCUUCUUCUAUUGUUUCAACAAAUAGAAAUAAAAAAUCAUUUCUUGGUUCAGGUCUUGAUCUUGAUAAUAUUCUUCUUGGCAAUCGACAACGUCGUUGUGUACAGACAUAA